AUGGCGGCUGCGUCUUCGUCGGAUUCCGACAGCGGCCGAGCUGAGAGCAAUGAGGCAAGUUCGAAAUGGCUGGACGCACACUACGACCCCAUGGCCAACAUCCAUACCUUUUCCGCCUGCUUGGCGCUGGCAGAUUUGCACGGGGAUGGGGAGUACAAGCUGGUGGUGGGGGACCUUGGCCCCGGUGGGCAGCAUCCCCGCCUGAAGGUGCUCAAGGGACCCACAGUGCUGACUGAAAGUCCUUUACCUGCACUGCCAGCUGCGGCCGCCACCUUCCUCAUGGAGCAACACGAGCCCCGGACGCCAGCUCUAGCACUCGCCUCAGGCCCUUGUGUGUAUGUAUAUAAGAAUCUUAGGCCCUACUUCAAGUUCAGCCUGCCCCAGUUGCCUCCAAACCCCCUGGAGCAAGAUCUUUGGAACCAGGCCAAGGAGGACCGGAUUGACCCCUUGACCCUGAAGGAGAUGCUGGAAGGCAUCCGGGAGAAGGCAGAGGUGCCUUUGUCUGUACAGUCCCUCAGGUUUUUACAGCUGGAGCUGAGUGAAAUGGAGGCAUUUGUGAGCCAGCACAAGUCCAAGUCCAUUAAGCGGCAGACAGUCAUCACCACCAUGACCACCUUAAAGAAGAACCUGGCCGACGAGGAUGCUGUGUCCUGCCUGGUGCUGGGCACCGAGAACAAGGAGCUCCUGGUACUGGACCCAGAGGCCUUCACCAUUUUGACCAAGAUGAGCCUACCCAGUGUGCCUGUCUUCCUGGAGGUUUCUGGCCAAUUCGAUGUGGAGUUCCGGCUUGCCGCCGCCUGCCGUAACGGAAACAUCUAUAUCCUGAGAAGAGACUCCACGCGCCCCAAGUACUGCAUCGAGCUGAGCGCCCAGCCUGUGGGGCUCGUCCGGGUACACAAGGUCCUGGUGGUCGGCAGCACCCAAGAGAGCCUGCAUGGCUUCACCCACAAGGGUAAGAAGCUGUGGACAGUGCAGAUGCCAGCAGCCAUCCUAACCAUGAACCUCCUAGAGCAGUGCUCACGGGGCCUGCAGGCCGUCAUGGCUGGGCUGGCCAACGGAGAAGUCCGCAUUUACCAUGAUAAGGCCCUGCUGAAUGUCAUCCGCACCCCGGACGCAGUGACCAGCCUUUGCUUCGGCCGCUACGGGCGGGAAGACAACACCCUCAUCAUGACUACACGGGGCGGUGGCCUGAUCAUCAAGAUCCUGAAGCGUACAGCGGUGUUUGUGGAAGCAGGAGGUGAGGUGGGCCCCCCACCAGCCCAGGCGAUGAAACUCAGUGUGCCCCGAAAGACCCGGCUUUAUGUGGAUCAGACACUGCGAGAGCGGGAGGCUGGCACCGCCAUGCACCGGGCCUUCCAGACCGACCUCUACCUGCUGCGCCUCCGGACUGCCCGUGCCUAUGUGCAGGCCCUCGAGUCCAGCCUGAACCCUGUGUCCGUGACGGCCCGGGAGCCCCUCAAGCUACACGCUGUGGUUCAGGGCCUGGGCCCCACCUUUAAGCUCACACUUCACCUGCAGAACACGUCAGCAGCCCGACCCAUCCUGGGGCUGCUGGUCUGCUUCCUGUACAACGAGGUGCUCUAUGCUCUGCCCCGGGCCUUCUUCAAGGUCCCCUUGCUGGUGCCAGGACUCAGCUACCCGCUGGAGACCUUUGUGGAGAGUCUCAGUGACAAGGGCAUCUCAGAUAUCAUCAAGGUGCUGGUGCUUCGAGAAGGCCAGAGCGCACCCCUGCUGAGUGCCCAUAUCAACAUGCCUGUGAGUGAGGGGCUGGCAGCCGCCUGACCCCCGGACUGGUGUUGAGAGCCCUGCGGAAUCAGGACCAGGAAGAUACAGCCCCUUGCACCGAGCUGGACAGAGCGAGUGGCCCCAGGCCCAUUCCCCAAUGUUGGGGCUACAGUUUCCUUCUCCCAUGUAUCUCGUUUCUCCCCACCUGGCUGUUGGGUGACCUGUAGAAGCAGGUCAGUGAGUACCCAGGAGGCUCAGCUCCUUCCCCUCAGGAAAUCCCAGGCAUUUGCCCCCUGGACGCCUGCUGCUCCUCCAUCUCCCCACUUUUCUCCAGAAAUCACACCCAAGUCUGAAGGAGGAUCUCUGAAGUGGUAAAGGCGAGAGGAGGGGCAUAGGCCCAGCCUUCUCCUUCGCUGCUUUCCUUAGACACAUUUACUCGUGUGGCUGCAGGUCAAGGCCAGAAUUGGCUACGGCCUGACCUGGGAUAAUCAGAGGCUUUUUCUUGAGCAAGACUGAGCCCCCUGUUGCUGCCUGGGGUUCUAGAGGCUUGGCUGACGCCUAGCUUGGCUUACAGGCAAAUCACAUGCUCCGAUCUCUCCCUGUGAGCUAAACAAGGGACCUUCCUCUUUCUAUUCAGGGGGCCCAGGGAGUGGCUGGCUCCUCACAGGGGGCUUUCCUGAAAUUUGGGCUCAACCAAGGUCUUGGGCCUGUGAUGCUCCGUGACGAUACCCAAGGGAGGAACUGGUGCAGGAGGGCAUAGAGGGCCCGUGCAGGGAGCUAGUGACUCCCGCCCCCACCAGGCUUCUGGAGCCCACACAGCUGCUGUCCUGAUUUGGAUGUUUGUGCCCAGAAAGGGCAUCCCAGGAGAGGAAGGCUCAGUUAGAGCAGAGGUGGGGCUGGGGUGCACGGGCGUUUCUGGGGUCCUGGGGAGGUGCACGGGAGGCAGAAGCCCAGAUGAUUCUUCUGUGCCCUGGAGCCCAGAUCAGUCAUGUCGGUGGGAAGUUCACUGGGCAGUGUGGUCGGGUGAGAGAACGGAGCUGGGAAGGCAUGGACUGGAGGCACUGAGUGCGGCUUAACCUUGAGGGAAGGCACAUGUUUAGACCACAAGAACCAGAGACCCACAGUCCUGGCCCUCAGGGCCUCCUGGAGCCCUGGCCGGUCUGCCUGGCCCACCUCUCAGCCCUCUGCAAGGCUGGUGCUACCAGGGCCACCCCGAGCCACUUGUGAGCCAGGACCCUGCCCCUUGAGGGCCUGGAUCUUCCUCUGUCUGACCAGGAGCAGCCUCCCGUGUGGUAGGUAUCUCAGGCGUGUGGGAAGGAACCAACCCCUUCCGGGCUGCUUUCCCCACAUGUAGAAGGAGCAGUUUGAGCAGAUUCAGCUCUGGCAUCCUGGGAGUUGGGCAGCCCCUCUAGAGGAAAUGAGUCAACUGCAGAAAGGAGAUAUUUGACAGGGUAACUGUGGAGCUCCGGCCCUUGAUGCCAAGGGCCCCAACCUAACUGCUGUGCCCAGGCAGUGGCCUCCGUGUCCAGGACACCAGUGAGGGAUUGGCACCCACAGCUCACAGCCCACCCCCUAACCCUUCCAAGGAAUGCAUUCUGGGACCGGGUUAAGAGAAGCAAGUGG